AUGAUCAGAACACCGUACCUCAAGUGGUACGGACGGGGCUUUCGCCUCCGCGCCGCCAUUACGAUUGCGUGCCAGAUGGCGUUUGUCCUUUUUGGCUACGAUCAGGGCGUGUUCAGUGGAAUCGUGGGGAAUGCGCAUUUCUUGGAGACGUUCAACCACCCGAGUCCCGCGCUCGAAGGCAUCAUCGUGUCGAUUUAUAACUUGGGAUGCUUUUCGGGGUGUAUACUUACUUUUAUGUUUGCGGAGCAGACGGGAAGGAAGCUGGCCAUGUGGAUUGCUAUGGUGUGGAUCAUUGUCGGCGCUGCCUUGCAAACAUCGGCCUUCUCGGUUCCUCAUAUCAUGGUCGCGCGCUUCCUCACGGGUAUUGGAACCGGGAUUGAAACUUCGACUGUGCCCAUGUACCAAUCCGAGCUGUGCGAAGCCAACAAGCGCGGCCGCCUCGUGGCGUCGGAGCCGCUGUUCGUUGGCGUAGGCAUCGUGAUCGCGUACUGGUUCGACUACGGCAUGUCUUUCGUCCCCGGAUCCAUUGCCUGGCGGCUGCCAAUCGCGUGUCAGGUGAUCUUCGCAGUGGUCGUCAUCAUUCUCGUCUUCGGACUCCCCGAGUCCCCCCGCUACCUGUACAAGCACGGCAGCCACGCCGAAGCCCUGCAGAUCCUGUGCGACGUGUACGACGGCUCGCCCGAGGAUCCCAAGAUCGCAAAGGAAAAUCGCGAGGUCCUCGAGGCGCUGAAGGCUGAAGAAGAGACGGGUGAAUACAAAUGGUCCCAACUCCUCAAGAAAGACCGCGUACAGACCGGCCGCCGCGUACUGCUGGCCUACGGCGCGCAGUUCAUGAAUCAAAUGGGGGGGAUUAAUUUAUGUUGA